GUAAACGUUUUGCCCUAUAUACACAAUCUCUGAUAUAUCAUUAUCUGAUGCUAGGCUAAAAACUGUAGAUUGCAAUUAUUUCUGUUGAAAUCAAGAUGACUUAAAUUACCAUCGAAGAACUUUAAUUAAGUUCACUGCGUUAGUGGACCCACAGGGGCACGUUACAAUAAUUUAUAAUAAUGUAUUUGUACAUUCUAAUAAUUUCAUGUAUACAUUAUUAUUGUAACGUGCCCCAGUAGUAGACCACAGGGACCUGAUGAUUUUUACAGUUUUAUGUACUUCUGCAGUAGACUUGUCCUAACAAGGCGUCUGCAUAUGCUAUCUAUAUUUAAAAAAAACUAACAAAAAACACAUUUAGCCCCUUCUCCUACUAUGUUGAUAUACUAGAGUAGUGGCAAAUAUUUUUGUCUAUUGAUACUAAUCACAAUCAGAAGUAAAUGCCUGUGUUGUCACCCUGUUUUAAGGUGGAUCAUGACACUUGAAGCUUAUAAAAAUAUGGUUACUCCUCAUACUACGCUAGCAUCAAUAUUCAAUAUCAUCAAAUAUAAUAACGGAAUCAUAAAAGAGUAUAUAAUUGUAAUAUUUUGUUUUAUUAAUGCAGACUAGUUAUCAAUAAAUGACCGGCGUUGAUCAGUAAUUUCAGAAAUGUUGACCAUAGCCGACAAACAUUUGGUCUGAACAGAGACUUGUAUAUCACAUGUGAUAUACAAGUCUCUGGUCUGAAUGGCAACGCACCUGCACAGGUAACUGGAAUGUCUAUGUCAAGACACAACUGAAAUAAUUAUAUAAGUCUACACAGGUUAGCUAUUCAAGGUAACACCGGAAUAUAUAUAUUGAUCCUCUUGUUUACUAAGUUCUACAGUAGAAAACUUGGGAAGUUCCUAUGUUAUUUCAGUCUUACAUUUUCUUUAUAUUUUGCCUUCCUAUAUGUUGUAGGUGAACAACUCUGAACAGUGAUUAUGGCGUUUUGGCAGACCAGGAUCAUUCAUGUAGGAAUGAGGAUGCAUAACUUCGUCUACUUCAAAAGAUUUGUUAACAGCGAUAAGUUACAGAUAUGCAAGAGAAGUGGAGGGAUGUUUAACUGUCUUCCACCAAACCAAAAGCCACACCCUCUUAUAGGGUGUAUCGUACACAGGCAAUGUUAUACUGAGCAUAAAAAGAAAGCCAGAAUUCCUCAUAUAAAGACAACAAGAUACCAUCAAGAUAUUAAAAGUAAACCAUAUGCUAAGGUGACUAAAAAUGUUAAGUACAUGUGUGGCGUUCUUUGGCCCAGUGAUGGAAGGAGCAAUGAACUAGAAGAGCUAAAGAUUUGGACAGGUCAGGAAAUACAAGACUUUACUAUGGAGAGUUUCAGUAACUUGUCAUGUAAUCAGGUGAUGGAUACCAUUGCCUUUUGUGUAAAGUUUAAACAAUUUAUUUGUCAUGAGCUUUUAGGUGUUUACCUAGAAUUUGUUAACAAUAACUUUGAGAAAGAUACCACUGUAUGGGAUCCAAAAAGUAUUUCUCAACUAAUGUUUUGUGUGUUUCUGUAUGGAUACACCAAACACACUUUAUUUCAUCAGGUGGAGAAAGUUCUGGAAAAACACCUAGAGAUGUAUGAUCUGCUAGAAGCCGAGAUGGUGCUCAGUGCAUAUAACAGGUGUGGGAAGCAGUUCACCUCUGAUAAUGUCAUCAGAAAAUUUUGGUCUUUAUUCUUUAAUUACAAUGGAAAGUUAAAGAGAAAUAAUGAUUUUCAUAUGUCUUCAUUCCUUCGGCAAAUGUAUCGAUAUACAUCUCACUUAAACUCAGUGGAACAACUUGAGGCAAUUGGAAAUCAUGGAUGCUGUCAAACAGGUGUUGAAGAAUUGGUCACAGUUAUAAAAUGCCUGACUACAGUAAGGUUUCAUCACACACUGUUUGUGCAUCACAUAAUAAAGCAAAUUGAAGAAUUAGCCAGAAACAAUGUUAACAUUAGAGUCAAAUCAGUGGCAGUUCUUUGUGAAUUUGUAGCCGAUUAUGGAUUAGAAGAAUCGGAAACAUGUAUAUGUUGUUUUGACAAUUUAUCAAAAUUAUUUGAGUUAAGUUCAGGGGAAGCUGCAAUGUCUGCAGAGCACUAUCCUAAGCUGAACAUUUCAGAUGAUGUGAGGAGACAAUCUAAUCAUAUGACCAUUGAGAAACCAGAUAUCUUCAAUAUGCGAUUUGCCAUAGGAAUGGCCAUAGCAGGCAGAUUUCCUUUGGGUCUUAUCAGCCAUCUCCUGAAGGAAGGUGCGAACAAGACUUCAUUAUUUUCUCACCAGUUGCUGUUACUCCAGGCCUGUAUUGAUAUUGAAUGUCCGUAUUACAGUGGUAACCAUUUGUGUUUGGCCAAUUUGAAGUCUGAUGAAAGAGCUAAUGAGGAUGUCAGACGAUUUUUGUCGCAAAAGAAUCACCUGUCAAAGUUGGUCUUGACUGUGGUAAACAACAUUGUGGGUGAAAAGUUCUUCAAGUAUCAUCGUCUCCUGCCUUAUGGGAAUGAAGUAAUAGAAAUAAGACUUGAUGAGGAGAAGAGACCUACAGAGUUUGAUCCAGUGCCUUACUACAAACUUCCUAGCACUGUGAAGCAUGCAAACAUGGGGAUUAUCAUCUUGGUACACAACAGGAGGCAAACAACCUUUAAUGGAGGCAUUCCAUUAGGAAGACUGAAGCUACAGAGUCGACACUUGAGGAAACUUGGUUACAAAGUUGUUGAGGUUCCUGUCCUUAGUCCCAAGGAGUUACAGAGUGAUAGAUCUGAGCAGAACAUGACUGAAAUGUUGAGAAAAAAACUGAUACAGGACUACAAUGUUGUCCUUCGUGAAGCGGGAACACUCACAUAACAGUGCCAUACAACUGAUUCUGGUGGAGAACCAGAGUAACAACUUAACCCUAAUAAACACCUGAUUCUGGUGGAGAACCAGAGUAACAACUUAACCCUAAUAAACACCUGAUUCUGGUGGAGAACCAGAGUAACAACUUAACCCUAAUAAACACCUGAUUCUGGUGGAGAACCAGAGUAACAACUUAACCCUAAUAAACACCUGAUUCUGGUGGAGAACCAGAGUAACAACUUAACCCUAAUAAACACCUGAUUCUGGUGGAGAACCAGAGUAACAACUUCACCCUAAUAAACACCUGAUUCUGGUGGAGAACCAGAGUAACAACUUAACCCUAAUAAACACCUGAUUCUGGUGGAGAACCAGAGUAACAACUUCACCCUAAUAAACACCUGAUUCUGGUGGAGAACCAGAGUAACAACUUAACCCUAAUAAACACCUGAUUCUUGUGGAGAACCAGAGCAACUACUUCACCCUAAUAAACACCUCAUUCUGGUGGAGAACCAGAGUAACAACUUAACCCUAAUAAACACCUUAUUCUGGUGGAGAACCAGAGUAACAACUUAACCCUAACAAACACCUCAUUCUGGUGGAGAACCAGAGCAACUACUUCACCCUAAUAAACACCUCAUUCUGGUGGAGAACCAGAGUAACAACUUAACCCUAAUAAACACCUUAUUCUGGUGGAGAACCAGAGUAACAACUUAACCCUAAUAAACACCUGAUUCUGGUGGAGAACCAGAGUAACUACUUCACCCUUAUAAACACCUGAUUCUGGUGGAGAAUCAGAGUAACUACUUCACCCUAAUAAACACCCGAUUCUGGUGGAGAAUCAGAGUAACAACUUCACCCUAAUAAACACCUGAUUCUGGUGGAGAACCGGAGUAACAACUUAACCCUAAUAAACACCUGAUUCUGGUGGAGAAUCGGAGUAACUACUUCACCCUAAUAAACACCUGAUUCUGGUGGAGAAUCGGAGUAACUACUUCACCCUAAUAAACACCUGAUUCUGGUGGAGAAUCAGAGUAACAACUUAACCCUAAUAAACACCUGAUUCUGGUGGAGAACUAGAGUAACAACUUAACCCUAAUAAACACCUCAUUCUGGUGGAGAACCAGAGCAACAACUUAACCCUAAUAAACACCUGAUUCUAGUGGAGAACCAGAGUAACAACUUAACCCUAAUAAACACCUGAUUCUGGUGGAGAACCAGAGUAACAACUUAACCCUAAUAAACACCUCAUUCUGGUGGAGAACCAGAGUAACAACUUAACCCUAAUAAACACCUCAUUCUGGUGGAGAACCAGAGUAACUACUUCACCCUUAUAAACACCUGAUUCUGGUGGAGAAUCAGAGUAACAACUUAACCCUAAUAAACACCUGAUUCUGGUGGAGAACCAGAGUAACAACUUCACCCUAAUAAACACCUCAUUCUGGUGUAAAUUCCAGUGGUGUUAGGUCAUUACUCCCAAUGAUGGUCCGCCAUUACUGGUGGUCCCUCCCUGGUGAAGAUUGUAGAUGGUAUUAGACUGAUCAAAAUACUCACAGGUGGAAAAUCUGGUUGACAAUGGCAAAAUACCUCCAACGUUCUAGUUUAUUAUAGACAUCAGACAAUGACGAAAGUUUAGCAAGAUGUAAGAUAUAAAAAAAGUCAUUCCAGCUUGAUAAUGAACUUAUAUGAAGCAUUCUUUUGACAAUAUGAUACUGAUAUGUAUAGUAAGAGGUUAUGAAAUCUCUAGGCAGCAGACAAGAGAUCCAGUUCCAUCUGCCGUUUGUAUUGCCAUUUUACAAAAAAUAUCUGAUACUAAGUGCACCUACAGUAACACUAUGGUGACAUCACUUGUACUUGACCUGUUCGUAAAACACUUAUACUUUGAACUAUCUUAUAUCUUGUAUAAUUGUAUCCGAUAUAUUUGUCAACAUGAAUUGAAAUCCAAUAUUCACGGAGCACGGUAUACACAAACUUGGAUGGUUGAGUACCAGUGCAAGAGCCUGCAUGUGUUUCAUGGUUUUUUUUAUGGUAUUUAUAGUCGUACUACAGCUGGUGCUGUUUAUUUAUUGAAAAAGAUGAAAAAGAGCAUCUUUCCCCAACCAGAUUUUUUUUUUACCAAUAUUGAAAUAGUUUAUAGGUGAUGAUCUUAAUACUAAAUGGGCUAUACAUGUAUAUUUUUUUUGAACUGGUUAAAGGUAGUAUGCAUUGUCUGUUAAUCUGUUUGCUGCAAACUUACUUGUUGAAGUGAAGUCCACAGAUCUGGAAACAAACAGAAACAAUAGUUGAAAUGUGUUAUUGUUAGCUCACCGGUUACGAGUCCCACCCCAAAUCUUUAAAGUUUUUGGGGUAAGUUUUUGGAAAGCUUGUAAGUCCAAAAGUAUACACCUCAUACCCUUCUAAAUUGGUUUAUACAUUCAUUAGAGGUCUAGAAGUGAUAUUAUGGCAAAAGCAUGCAGAAAAAAUUGUGAUUUUUUCGCAUUUAAACAUUUUGUGGACUUAACUUUUUUGGCACCAAAACUCACUUUAAAGUUUUUGGGGCAAGUUCAAAAGUAUACAUCUAUCAGCCUUCUAAUUUGGUUUAUACAUUCAUUAGAGAUCUAGGAGUGAUGAUGUGGCAAAAUCAUGCAGAACAAAUUUGUGAUUUUUUUUUGGACAUUUUACCAUUUAGUGGACUUACUUUUUUUGACACAAAAACCCAUUUUAAAGAUUUUGAGGGUUAGUUUUGAAACGCUUGUAAGUCCACACCCUUCUUAUUUGGUUUAUACAUUCAUUAGAGGUCUAGGAGCGAUAUUAUGUGACAUACAAUUUCAAAAUGACAUGCUUAUACAUACAUAAAAAAUGAAUGCAUAGUGUGAUUGCUGCUGCCGGUGAGCUUUCGCAAUCAUUGAUUGCACUUGUUAUUUCUAAGAAAAUUCUUCUUAGAUCUUUCUUAGAUUAUAUUUUUAGGUUCCCCUUGUUAUCGAAUUGUUAAGAGGAAAAAGGGAAAGUAGAAAAAAAGAUCGUUUUUAUCCGAUUUCUUCUUGUUUUGAUUUAUUCCUACCAAAGUAUAAAAUUAACAAUUUCUUACAUUGACAACAAUGUUUUAUUGUGAAGUAGUGUUAUAAACGAGUUAAAUCAAUUGUAAAAUGAAUAAAAACAUACAUAUCAA